AUGGGUUCUCUACUUCUUCAAACCAUAUUAGUCUUAUUUGUCUCUGUUACAUCGUUGUACGUCGCUCAAGCCGGAUAUACUCCAGCGGUUUUCGCAUUCGGAGAUUCGAUACUCGAUACAGGCAACAACAAUGGUCUUAGGACUCUAACCAAAGUUAAUUUCUGGCCCUAUGGAAGAGACUUUGUAGGUCGAAGUGCCACUGGAAGAUUUGGCAAUGGAAGAAUUCCUACAGAUUUGAUUGCCGAAGGUUUGGGAGUAAAGAGCAUUGUACCAGCUUUUCGUAGUCCAUACCUUCAACCCAACGAUAUCUUAACCGGUGUUAGUUUUGCAUCUGGUGGUUCUGGUUUAGAUCCAAUGACCGCAAGAAUUCAGGGAGUUAUAUGGGUACCAGACCAGUUAAACGACUUCAAAGCUUACAUAGCACAGCUGAACAGCAUCACAGGAGAUGAAGAGAAAACGAGAUCAAUCAUCUCUAACGCAGUCUAUGUCAUUUCCGCUGGGAAUAACGAUAUUGCCAUCACAUAUUUCUCAAACCCGGCAAGAAACACUCGCUACACUGUCUUCUCCUACACCAACCAGUUGAUUACAUGGACUCAAUCAUUCAUGCAGGAGCUAUAUAAUUUGGGAGCUAGAAAAUUUGCGGUGAUGGGAACAUUACCAUUGGGGUGCCUACCAGGAGCAAGCAACGUUCUUGGAGGGAGAUGUAUGGAACCAGCAAACUUAGCUGCUAAACUCUUUAACCGGAAACUAGCCGCCGAAGUCAACAAUCUCAAUGCAAUGCUCCCCGGUUCUCGUUCCAUCUACAUAGAUAUGUAUAAUCCUCUUUAUGAACUCGUCCAGAACCCUCGAAGUUAUGGAUUUACCUCGCCGACAAGGCCUUGCUGUUGUUCUCCUGCGGCUCCGAUACCGUGCUUGGAUGCAUCUCGACAUGUGUUUUGGGACAUUGCACAUCCAUCGGAGAGAGCUUAG